AUGGCUUGGUUUCUUGGCUUUCUCUUUCUCUUUUUCGUUUCUUCAGCUAAUGCUUGUGAUCGUUGUGUUUAUCAAUCUAAAGCUAGCCACCUUUAUGAUUCACCUACUACAUAUGGAGGAGCAUGUGGUUAUGGCAAUGUGGCCUUGCAAUUCUCUAAUGGCUUCUUUGCAGCUGCUGUGCCUUCCCUUUAUAGACAAGGAGCUGGUUGUGGCGCCUGCUAUCAGGUGAGAUGCAAAAACAGAAGGGUUUGUAACACAGUAGGUACUAAAGUGGUGUUGACAGAUCAAAAUAACGAUAAUGUGACAGAUCUUGUCCUUAGUAAAAGAGCUUUCUUUACAAUGGCUCUAAAUGGCAAAGGUGCAGACCUCUUGAAUCUUGGAAUUGUUGAUGUUGAAUACAAGAGGGUGCCUUGUGAGUACAAAUAUAAGAAUUUGUUAGUGCAAGUGGAAGAACCAAGUUAUAAUCCAUUUUACUUGGCUAUUAAAUUUUUAUACCAAGGUGGCCAAACAGAUAUAGUAGCUGUGGAUAUAGCUCAAGUAGGUACAUCUGACUGGAGCCAUAUGAAGAGAAAUUAUGGAGCUGUUUGGGAAACUAACAACAUACCUGAAGGAGCAUUACAAUUGAGGAUGGUCGUGACUUCUGGAUAUGAUGGAAAGUGGGUUUGGGCAAAGUCCGUACUUCCUGCUGAUUGGAAAAGUGGAGCGAUUUACGAUACUGGAGUUCAAAUCCACGAUAUUGCCAAAGAGAGUUGUCCACCAUGGCAAUGUGGUGAUAAGAUAUGGAAAUGA